UAAAAUGACAGCUAGGGGGGGAGAUGUGUUUGGUGUAAAACCGGGGUAACGCGUGCGGGGGGAGGGGGUGCAAGUUCCUGUUUCUUUUGGAACAAAGAGAACUCUGUCUCGGCAUCUGUCACUCAGGGCAAGAGACACCGAAGGAAACUUUUUGUGUGCGCCUUCCUCAGUCCGCUCUUCGCCGCCAGUCCUUGGGGGCCCGGGAACCCUUUUAUCCGGGAGGGGAAGGUCUCGGCCAACCCCCAGCCUUACCCCUUGGUCCCUCCAUGGAAGGGCUUCGGAGGAGGAGAGUCGGGGGUUUGAACCAAGACAAAUCUGCCAACAGUUCCACAAUGUCUGACAGUGACUUUGGGGAAGAUGAUGGGAGCAUUUCUCAGGACCCAUCCCAGCCUGGCAAGAGGAAACGAAGGGGCAAUCUCCCCAAAGAGUCUGUCAAGAUUCUGCGGGAAUGGCUGUACGAACACCGGUUCAACGCAUACCCUUCGGAGCAAGAGAAACUCAGUCUUUCAGGGCAAACAAGCCUCUCUGUUCUACAAAUCUGCAAUUGGUUCAUCAAUGCCAGGCGCAGACUUCUCCCUGAUAUGCUGCUAAAGGAUGGCAAAGACCCAAACCAGUUCACUAUUUCUCGCCGAGGCACCAAAGCCAGUGAUGUGGCACUUUCCCGUGGAGCGGCUGCAGGUUCUGGACUCUUGAUGGUGCCUCCUGCUGCUGCAGCCACUACAUCCAAGGUGCUCUCCAUGUCUGUGUGCCCCCCUGUGAUCUGCCAGACUGCUCGGCCUUUGGCUGGCAAUUUGACUGUGAUGACCAGUGACCUGGAGAAACGGCCCAUGCUCCAGCGGGUUGAGCUGGAAUCCCAUCCCAAGCAAUCACAGAUGAGUGCAACAGGCAACACGCUGGCUCUUCUCACCCGGGCAGAUGCAGCCAGUCCCACCAGCGGACUCUUCAACACACCCCCUCCAACACCACCUGAGCUCUUUGGAGAGGACUUCAGCAGCUUCCAGUUGCUGGUAGAAGUGGCUCUGCAAAGGGCAGCUGAGCUUGACUCACAGAAGCUGAGUGGGCAGCUGCCUCCAUCACCACAGAGAGAAUCUUCUCCUGCUCUUUCCAGAAAAAACAAGUAGCUUCCUGCAGCCUCUGGUUUCCUCUCGGAGGCAGUCAUUUCUUUUUUCCAGGAUUUUUUUUCUGUUGGCCUUUGCAGCAAGAGCUCCCCUGUUAGAAGUUAAUGCUGUGAUACAGUUUCUUCUCAACCAGGAACCAUAAUGGUGGAAGCCUCCAUUGUUUUGGCUUUAUGCUGCCAGCUCACCUUGGAAACAAGGCACCCCCAACUUUAUCUAAACACACUCUUCCCUCAAAGGAGGGCACACUACAUCAUCCUUUGUGUUAGCAUCAUGCUAUGGAGCCAGUCAGCAUCUCUCUUAAGCCACCUGGAGGAGGUUGUCUGCUCAGGGGUUCUUGACUCCAGGCCGCUCUUGAAAGGACCCAAAACUUGAACAUCUUCUGAGAAGAUGUAGUUGCUGGUUGAUACUUUUAUGACACUUGACUCUUUUUUAAAAAAAUACUGUGGAGGAUUUAGGCAGUAGUUUGGACUUACUUCCCCUCCCCUCCCCCCAAAUUUUCAAAGCUCACUGACAUGGACUAGGACAAGAAAGAUGUCCAAGGCAAUUUAUCAAAAACAAAUACUUUUUUUUUUCCUUUUGGUAACUGAAGACAAGCAAAAAGUGAUUUCAACACCCUUGGCUUUCUGAUGUAUUUUUAAUUUUCUUGGAGGGGGCAGGGAAAUGCCCCCCACCCUUUUUUUAAGUUGUACCAUGUUGUAGCAUAUUGUUGAUCUGGUGUGAAUAAGUGGCUGGUCCUUGCAUCACACCUGAUGGGAGUCUCCCAUAAUGAACAAAUGAACUGGCAGCCUUUAAAGUUUGUGGCAUUCUUCUUUCUGUUGGGCAGGAGGACCAAUUGAGCAUCACCUUGUGAAUACUGGUGCCAGUAAAAGAAACAAAAAUAUAUGGUGCUGUUGGACGAUCUACUUUAGGUGCUGGCAGAAAUUUAGCUGGUUUUGUGACACAGUGUGUGUUCUUCUGCCUACUCUUUCUUACAUUUGUCCUGAUAAGUACAGUGAUAGAAGAGAGAGAGGACUAUGCCGGCAGAAGGCUAGCCGUAAGCCGUGGAGAGGGCAUUUCAAAGGUGUGGAGGAGUAAGAAACUAAAACAAAAUUUUCGACUGUGAAGUUGCUUUAAACAGUGCUUUCUCCUUUUUAAUUUUGGACAUGAACUGUAUUUCUGUGUGACUUUGGAAAUCUUACAGCAUCUCUUAUGGAUGUGCUGACAAAACUACCUAUACAAACAAACAAGGGCGCAUUCUGACUUGGGUAUUUUUGUAUCCUUGCUUUCAUCAUGCUGAAUGUAGUUGCUCCUUUGCUGAUGGAGCAAGGGUGCCCUCUCAUGGCCAAGAAGGGAAGUCAAGCAGAGUCAGGGCUUCCAUUCCGCACGCUAUUCUAUCACUCCCAUGUGUGAUGUUCAUGUGUCCCGUAUAUCUGUAGCCUUGAUGGACCCAAUAAUAGUUUAUUGUUGAAAAUUAGAGAAAAGGGGUACACCUUGGAUUUAGGUGGAGGGAAACCAAGGCUUGUCUGUUGAUCAAUUAGAAUGCAGAUCUUUCAUUGAGUUAUAUCCUCUUUUGUCCUGAGAUCAAGACCUUGCAAAAGAAUGGCGUACCCUGGGUGAUAGGAUCAUCCGCCUCUUUUUGAAUAGUGCUGUUUCACUGUAAAUGUAAGUUAAAUAGUGAUCUAUUAUAUACACCUAUAUAUCUAUCUUGAGAAACACUAAUUUUAGAGGGUGUUAGCCUAAUUAUUAUGUUGCAUGAAUAGUAAAGAUAAAGCCCAGCAGAACACAACCUUUCUCAGAUAUCUUUGAACCAGGCAUAGAAGCCGGUGGUUGAUUUCAUGGGAGAUUUUGGGAGGAGAGUAAAUGGUUUGUAGGACAACUGGAACCCAAGUGGGAGGCCUUAUGGCUUUUACCAAUGUUGAGAGUGCCUUCCCCCUCAACCUUCCCCCUCCCCCCAGAAAGUGCAACUAAGAUAAGUGAAACCCACAAUUGCUGCUGGACAUAGUCUUGUCCAUUCCCUUCUCUUUUUGGUGCUCUUUGACCAUCAGUCCCAUGUCAUUGAUGGGACGUAGUGAACUGUGUCUAGAGAGCUGCCAUUUCAAUCCAAAGUUGUCUUUAAAAUAACCCAAAGGUGGUUUUUUCCUCUGUUAAAAAACCCACAGAGCUGCCUUGAAAAGAGCUUAAGCUGUUCAUUUAUUGCUAUUUUGUUUGAGGGCAUUUAUCAGUCUUGUGUCCAGUUCUCAUCCUUAUUGAAUUCUGGAUGGUGAACGUAUCGGUCCUUUGAUCUUUUUUUCAAACCCUUUUAAAAGGAAACCACUAAGGUUUCAUAGAAUGUGACAGCAAGAUUUCAUUUGAUUAUUCUGAUUGUUUGGAAUUGGGCAUUAUUUCAGUGUACUAUUGAAAUGGAAAUUCCUUGAACAGCUGAGCCCCAGGUCCCUCUUAAAUAUACCUUCGGCUAGUAACCUACUUGACUUUAAUGGUACAUACAUCACUGAUUUCCUUUAGAAUGGGACCAGUGUGAUUAAGUAAUACACAGGAUAUCUAAUGGGCUGUAGAAAGUGCCUAAGCAGAUCUGAAACUUUAGCAUAAAAGAAAAUUUAAAAAUCCAGUUCCUGCAAUGCGCUGCUCUUGCUAUACUGCUGUACUUUGUCCUAAUGAUGCAAAGAUAUUGUUUCAGGUGGGAUGGGGACUUUGCAAGAGAGAAAAUAUUCUUUUGUCUGAAGUUUAUGGAGCAGAACUACUGUAAAUAACUUUUGGAUUUUUUUAAUCAAUAAAGUUUUUUAAAAAAAAGA